AAACUGGCACAAUGUUCUCGAGAUGUGUGACGCCCGUCGUUCUGACCAAAGCCAACUCGCAGCCCCUCCAGUGGCAGCUGUAACUGGAUACACACCUCUCUCUGCACCUGCACACACUGCGUCGCAGCUCACAAUGUCCUCCGACCUGUGCUCCGUAGAUUUUGAGAUACAUGGACACGUUCAAGGUGUUUGUUUCCGAAUGUACACAGAGAAGGAGGGCCUCAGCCUGGGCUGUGUUGGCUGGGUGAAGAACACCAAUAAAGGGACAGUGGUGGGGCAGGUACAGGGGCCCAGAGACAAGGUCAAAGAGAUGAAGGUCUGGCUGAGUAAAGAGGGAAGCCCGAGCAGUCGCAUCACCCGUGCAGUCUUCACCAAUGAGAAGGACAUCCCUCACCUGGAGAUGUCUGGCUUUGGCACACGCUACUGAAAAACAGGCUAUGAAAUAAUUUGAUAAUUGCAUGAAACCCUCAGGCACUGAUCAAUACUGUUUCAUUUAAUCAGUAAACAUGUGGUUAAAUUGAUGUGUAUAGUUAGUGGAAAAAAUCUGAUUUUUUGUGUGAAUUAGUUUCAUCCUCCCUAAUGGCUGCAUUAUCCCAGAAAAUCUAUGACUCUUAAUUUGUAGAUAUUCAAUGGAAUGCACAAAUUGGAUUCUGUUUUAUACUGUAAUAUCAUUUCUCAUUAAAGGGUCAAUAAAGUUCUGGUAAACUUCA